UAUUUUUAUUUUUUAUUUUUGACUUUGCGGGGUAUUUCCCUCAGUAGAAUCUCCAAUCUUGUAUGCAGACAUUUUUUUGUUUAAAUUUUUAAUUUUUGGCAGCAGCACCCUCCUUUUCCAGAACUGAUAUAUAAUAUGAACAAUUUCCGAAUUCGAAUUCGAUUUCGUGGUUGUUUUGAUUUUUUUUAAUUCUGUUUUGAAGUUUUGAAGAUUUGAUACGGCUAAGAAUUGUUCUAUAAGGUUCUUUCCAAUAUAUUCAAGUUUGAUCAAUAUUGACUAUUGAUCAAUUUAAUUCUCCUGCUCACAUCAAUCCUGUCAAAAGUUUAGGGAAGAAGGUAGAGGAGAUCGCUUUUUUUCCUACUCUCUCUAGCCCUAGCCCUCACAUUUUAACCAAAUUACUAUAUAGUACCAAUAAAUCAUAUAUCUCAAAUGGCAACUCAAAAGAAGUAUAUAUGUGCUUUCUGUGCAAGGGCAUUCACAAGAUCAGAACAUAAGCAACGUCAUGAGCGAUCUCAUACCAAUGAAAAACCAUUUCAUUGUUUGCAUUGUACGUCUUCAUUUGUAAGACGUGAUUUGUUGCAAAGACAUUGUCGUACUGUCCAUAAUAGUCAAUUGAAUCCUAAUACAUUACCAUCCAACAAAUCAUUGAAUAAUCCAACUAGUGUAUCAAGUUCAACUAUUAUUAGUGAUUUAACUGAUCCCAUUGAUGGAUCAAUUACCAAUAAUACUACCACCACUGCUAAUUCAAGUACUAGCAGCAGUAGUACUAAUAUUCAAAAGGCAAAUACUAAUGGUGCGGCUGGUCCCACCACUUUAUUAUCAAGUUCAGCUUCAACCAACUCUGUAUUGGAUGAUGAUUUAAGUGAUUCAAAUGAACCUUUAUCUCCAACCAACAACAAUUCUGUCAAUAAUAAUAAUGCCACUAAUGUUAUUAUGGGAUUAACACCCAUGACAACUCCAUUAUUGGAAUCCAUUCCAUUAAGUGUAUCUAAUUCAAGAAGUAAGAAAAGAAAGCGUUCAGCUGAUUCUGAUAAAUCCGAUUCUAAUCAUUUACGUUCUCCAACUCAACAAGCAACUGCUACACAAAUGACUACUUCCAGCUCCAGUAAUACAGUUUCAGCUAAUAAAGAUAUUAUUAAUCAUGAUUUGAUUCAUUUAUUAUCCAUAACAAAAAAGCUUCAAACUAUUCUUGUUAAGUUUGAUCCAAGUAAUGAAAAUAUUUCACUCAAUGAUCAUUUCCUUAUUGGUUAUAUCCAUUUAUUACAAUCAUCAUCAAAUUUUGUAGUAUUUGAUAAAAUUUUAAAAGAAUUAAUAUUCAAUUUAAACAGUUACACUAAUAGCAAAUCAAACUCCAACUUGAAACAACAAGGUGUUCAAUCACAAUCAUAUCAACAACAAGCAUCUAUUCAACACCAACAGCAACAACAAUUGUAUCCAAAUAACUUUAAAAUUGGUAUCAUCUAUUCAAUCAUUUCAAUGGGAUAUAUUAUAAACAAAAGAUAUGCUGAGUCCAUUUUAUACUUUAAGAAAUCAUGGAAUUUGUUAAUCAAAAAGUUAAUUCCAAGUUAUAAUAACAAUAAUAAUCUUUUAGAUCAAAUUGAAAUCCUUAAUAACUUGUACUUAUUGUCUUACAUUUACCUUGAAUAUAAUCUUGAAUCUUAUAACAAUAUUGAAAAUACCUUAGAAGAAGAUGAUACAUUUAUUAAUAAUGAUAUUAUACUAAAUUAUCUUAAUGAUAUCAGUUUCAUUAUCAUUUCAAAUUUAAAGGAUUUAACAACUUCUAAUGAAAACUUGAUUGAUUUGAAUAUAAAGUUAUUCUGGAAUAUUUAUAUCUUAAUUUCAAAUUAUUUAAAAUCAAAACCACCCAAGUUUUAUUCCUUCUUUUUGAAUAAACAUGUGAAGGGUAGUGAAACUUUAUUAUCAUUAAUGACAAAGUUUUCCAAGAAUUUCAUUAAUUUAGAAAACGAAUCUGACUUUUUAAAGAUGAUUAUUAUCUCCACUUUAUCCAAUGAGUUGAAGAAUUUCGAUAAUGCUGAAAAUUUCUUAAUCUUUAGCUCUAAGAAUUGUUUACAUAACUCCAUCAUUUUAAUCAAUAAAUCAAUCAACAUUCAUCAAGUAAAUCGUAAUCUGAUCCAAAUUGAUUCAUCUCAUCUCAAGUUAUUUGAAUUAUUCAAGAAGAAUAUCAUCAUCAGUUCCCCAUUGAAGUUUCAUGAAUUAUUAAACAAUUACUUAUUCAUCCCACAAAGUUACUUUAACUGGGAUUUAUUAAACUUGACUUUGCAAGAAAUCAACUUGAAUUAUCCUAUAAAUCAAACAUUACGUGAAUUUUUAUUAAAUCCUCAUAUUUUGAUUGAUGGUAAUAUUAAGAAUCUUUUUAAUUUCAAAUCCAAUCCUAUUGAUAUCAAUAACAACUUAAGUAUUAUAAGUUUUCCUAUUAUUUUCUUUAGUAAUUAUUUGAAUUUAGGUAUAAUUGAUUUCAAAAAGUUUAAUUUGAUCCAAAUCCAUAGUAUCUCCAUGUUCUUAUUUGAAUGGUAUUUAAUUAUGAUCAAGAUCUUGUUUAUUAUUUGGAAUAAUCAUGAUUUGUUCAAUAAUAAUUAUAUCUUGCAAAAUUUAGUAUACUUAUUAUUGGAUAAUAAAUCUGCCUUGAAUAAGAAAUUGAAUAUUGAGUCAACUUCAAUGUCAUCUACAUCUUCAAACAACUCACCAUCAUUAAGUCCACCAAUCAGAAAUUCAAAUUUAAUGUCCAAUAACAACAGUUUAAAGGAAAAUGAUGAAUUUUUAUUUAAUAAUAAUUGGUUUAUGAUCUUGAAAUAUAAGUUUACUACUAUUUUUGAUAAUUGGAUGACUUUUACUUUACAAGCCAUUCAAUCUAAAUAUGAUACGAACAACAAUAACAGUCAUAUCCUCAUCAAUAAUCUUUCAUUAUUAAAAGUUAAUGUAUAUAAAAUUACUAAUGAAAUAGUUCAACAAGAAUUAAUGAAGUUAAGUAAAGAAGAACAACCAUUAUCAAUCAAUCCAACUCCUCCAACUGAAGUAGCACCUUCAUCAUCUUCUUAUCUUGGACAACUUGAUAAUACUGGCUAUAACUAUAAUGACUACAAUGCCAAUAUUGGUGGCUAUAGAAGAUCCAAUUCGAUUACCAUUGGUGUAUUAGCUAAUUCUCAUGCUACAAAUACCAUAAAUAGUAAUAAUGAUAUUCAAAAUUCUCCAAUCAUUACUGGUGGUACCUCAUUUUCAAAUUCAAACAGUUCACAUAAUAUGAAUAAUUCCAAUGCUAACAAUAAUAAUGCUAACAGUUCUAAUAAAUUUAAUUAUUAUAGUUCCUACUCAACUUAUCCACCACCCCCACCAAUAUUAUCUUCAUCUUCAUUAUCCUUAAAUAAUUCUAAUACUCCAAGUAAUGAAAUGACCAAUAGUAACACUAUGAUGGGUCAAUCCAAUUCUACUGGAAGUGAUUUCUUAUUACCACCUAUCUUACCAAAGGGAAGUAGUGGAAUGAAGGUGAAUGACGAAGUUAAUACUAAUGACAUAAAUGAUGACGGUAAAACACUUAAAACUUUAAUACCUAAUGUAUUAAGAAAAUGAAACUAAAAGGGUAAAUUUAAAAAAAAAAAAAUAUAACGACAAUAUCAAGUUUAUGAAAUC